ACAACGACGAAGCCGGCUGAAUAGCGAUCGCGUUGACGCUGCCACUGCUGUUGUGGAUGUUGCUGUGUUAAAGUGCAGGCAACGUCCGUGCCACGUUGCGGGAAUGAACGUCUGACAAGAAGACACUUGACGAGCGGCGCGGACAUCCGAGCUCUCGGCAAGAUGCUGUGGCGAUUGUGGCUGUUCCUUUAUGGAGGAUUCCUGCGUGGGUGGAUCAAGUGGUUUUUCCGCCAGCUCAGCGGCCGCUGUGAGCUGCAGAGGAUCUGCUACCGGCACAAGACCGGGGCGACACGAGCCCUUGCAAUCGAAUAUUCGUUGACUGCUUCUAAGAAUGUGGUGCUUUGCUCGGCCGUGAAGGUCAGUGAACCUGAAGUGGAGAAAACAGCAGAGGAGAUAAUGCACGUGAAAAAAAUCAACCCAUCUACGAAUCCCACGUUUGCACCAGUACUGCAGGCCUGUCUGCUGCAAAUUUCUGGGUAUCAUGCACUCACAAAGGAGGUGGAAGAGAUACGGAAGCAGCGAUAUGACUCGGAAAAUAAAACGCAUGAAGAGGCCCUAUUAAAGCUCUGGGCCCUGCUUAUGCCGGAGGUGACACUAAAGGCACGCAUCACGAAGCAGUGGGGGGACAUUGGCUUCCAGGGGGACGACCCAAGCACCGACUUCCGAGGCAUGGGCAUGCUGGGCCUCCUCAAUCUCCUGUACUUUGCUGAGGAACACACGACUGCAGCAAGACAAGUCCUGUCACAUUCCCAUCAUCCUAAAUAUGGGUUUUCCUAUGCCAUUGUAGGGAUUAACAUCACGGAGCUCGCCUACACUCUGCUGUUCGCUGGCGCAAUGAAAAGCCACUUCUACAACAUCAUUCCGGCUGCACCUCGGCUCGUCCACUUCCACCAGGCCUUCUGCUACUUGUUUCACGAAUUUGACGCUUUCUGGCUGAAGGAAGAGCCUCGAGACAUCAUGGAGUUCAACCGCGUGCGGGAGUUGUUCCGGCAGCAAGUUCAGGAUCAGCUGUCGAGUGACGAGGCGGUGCUUGUGCCCCGCUUUGACAGCACGCCGGCGAGCGUGCCCACGUGAGCUUGUCACGCCACGUUCGCUCCUUGCCCACAGCUGCUCUUAGAGACUGGGGUUGAUGGUGCGCCUCGGGAUGGGGAGCACUGGUUAGCUGUGAUGCAAUGUUGGGUGGUUGAAUCUAUUUUUUUUUGAAGAUCUGAAUUGUUUGAUUGGCGUGUCUCAUCAUAUUUGUGUGUUGUCCGUAGAUUUCCUCACACUUCCAAUAUAACAAAAAUAAAAUAUUCUAAAAUAAUGUAUAGCCAACAGGUAGAAAUUCCCAAUACAUCUUAAAAUAUGGGCAUAGUUGAGAUAAAAAAACACCAUACAAUGUAACUGCUAUUGGCCAAACAUCCCAAUGCUGAAAAAUGACCUUAAAAUUACUCAUUUGGGAUUACACUCAGCAGUAGCAUCGCCCCUAACUGACAACAAUUGACAGGACCCUCCUGAGAAAGAGUGUCAAAAUUCAGUUAGGCUUUCCUGGUUAAACAAGCAGAAUAAUAAACGAUACAUUUGAUUUGACAGAAAUGUGCUUACUGGGUGGGAAGUCCAUCUAAUCAUGUCUUAAGAGAUAUUAUGAUUCCAAGGUGCAGUGCAUUUUGUUUCUUCAUUGUACAAUCCAUGUUCAAAUAGAAAAAAAAAAUAUUUUAAAAUAUAUUAGGCGAGUCUUGUGUCCCCUGAUAUUUUCACAUUACAUAAUUCGUAUAAAAACAUCUCAAUGCCCUCAUUGUUCUCAUUCUGUUAGAGCCUUUCACAUGCUUAUAUGUCUGUCUGCAACUGAGUUUUGCAAUGGGAAAUGCUACUCUUUCAGUUAUGAGCAAAGGUUUCUCCGCAUGUUUGUGAAUAGAUAUUUGUAUGGAUGUACACAUUUGUGUUUUUAUGGUAUGUAUUUGACGCAAGCAUAGAGUGCUUCUGAUUGGUCCACAGAUAAUAUAAUGCUGCUUUGUUUGAUUUUGAGUGCUGUCCAAGGUAUUGUAGGAAAUAUAAAUCAAGCAAGUAGGUCAGUUGGAAGAUCACCCAUCACAAUUGUGCACAUCACCACGUGUACCCAGUGAGUACACCUACCUACACGUCGGUACAAAUCAACACACGGUACAACUCAAUGUUUUUGUAUAACGUCAAAUUUCAUAUCUCUGAAUGGACCGUCCUUUCAGAUUAUUUUGCUGACUUGCUGCUUGUUUGCAUGGCAGUUGUGUAAGAAGUGUUCAUCAAACACCCAAGUCACUAUUUGCACACACAAAUAAUGGGCUGAAGUUCUCCGAUGUGUUUCAUUAUUGAACAACCAAGCACUGGAGUGUGUGUUCUCCAACGGAUUGAGAGACAACUUCACCAAUCAAUAGUAAUGGAUUAAGAUAAUUAAAAUAUGCAGCUGUUGUAUCUAAAGUAAAAUGUUGACAGCCUUGAAAAGCACACCGACAAAAUGCGUGCCCCUGUUUCUACUUUGAGAUUUUCUUUGCCGUGUCUAAUGUUUAAUGCAGUGAAAUGUGUAAUUUAUUGUUUUCAUGUUUCCAUUUUGUCACGUUAUGGUUACGCAUAAUACAUUUAUUCGGUACACAUUUAUUUUAAUAAAGUGUCUUUUGUGCCGACUGAGAAAA